UUUACAAGGGAAAUGCUGACAAGCAGAACACGGAAGUUACUAGAUGUGCAAAGAUGGCGGAUACAAGAGGCUUAUUGGUUGUUCUCUUGCUUUGUGCCAGCGCUUGGGCAACAGAACCUGCUGCAAAUGUAGACUCCCUGCUGGGGGACAGCACGUCUUGUCAGGGUGUGUGCGAAGGAACUUACCCGUUGCACACCUUCCCCGAGGAGGAGGAGCUGUUUGCCUGUCAAAGGGGCUGUCGUCUCUUUUCUAUCUGCCAAUUUGUGGAUGACGGAGAGGAUUUGAACAGAACUAAAGUUGAAUGUGAAUCAGCUUGCUUGGAAGCUUAUCCACAAUCCACUGAGCAAUAUGCUUGCAACUUGGGCUGCCAAAGUCAAAUGCCUUUUUCAGCAAAGCGCCAGGAAGAGCUUGCAGAUUUAGCUCCUCGGAUUCACAUCCUCUUUCCCCUUGUUUUUGUGGGAGCUUUCUGGAGAGACAUGCUGGAUUCUGCACAAAACUUUAUUAACCCCUCAUGGACCUUUUAUGUUCAGGCAGAUAAUGGGAGGAUUAUUGUUGUCCAGUCUGAAUCUGAAUUCCAGCAUGAUCCACAGUUUCUUCCAGAAAAGGCACAACCUGCAGAACACUUUCUAGACAAAAUGUCAUAUCCUGUGCCUGCUGAAUCUGCGGGGCAGUAUAGAGAAGAAAGGACUUGGGACCUGCGAUCUGACUCACUUAAUCUUGAUGAAGGCAACAACUUUUUAAAGUGCUUCUCUGCGAAUUCUAAUUGGCUUCUUUCUGCGACUCUGGUCCUGUCAGUUUUGGUUCUUCUAUGGAUUUGUUGUGCUACUGUCGCUACAGCCUCGGACCAGUACACCCCCUCUGAAAAGCUGAGUAUCUAUGGAGACCUGGAAUACAUGAAUGAGCAGAAAUUGCACAGAUAUCCCCCUGCAACUCUUGUUGUUGUUCAUGGAAAACUCGAAGAAAGUGAAGAUGCAGGACCUAUACCAACAAAGGUGGACCUAACACAGUCAGCUAUAUAAUCCUGGCCACCAGCUGCUGUUGGCUCUGUCAUACUGUCACCUGCAGCCAAAUGCAGCACAGGAAUGUAGUUUCAAACAAUUGAAUCAGCUGAUGGUACUGUCAUCUUUUUAAUCCUCUGAGAAGUGGAAAUCUUUUUUAAUUCUGGGAUUGUUGCUGGAGCUGUGGUUAUUAUCAUGCAGAUUGUUUUGGUGGUAGGAAAGAUUUUGCCUUAUUAAUGGCAUUUAGCAUAUUUCUUGGCUUUAAUUCCUUCCCUAAUUUUUAAAUCUUUUACAAUAUUUGUUAGCGGGAAUCUUAUGACAGAGUAAGAUAUAAAUAUAUUUUUUGUUUAAAUCCAACUUACUUAUAAUUGGGAAGGAUUAGGUGUAUGGAUAACUCAUCACUUAAGGUUGUCACUUCUGCAGUAGCUUUGCAAGGAAAAACAGAUAUUAUCUGUACAAUAAGAAAGCCUGCUAGGUAAAAAUAGUAAAGCUUUUAAUCAGCCAGAAACAUUCACUACGUCCAUACUAUGUUAGUUUUUGGCUAUUAGUGGUGUUGGUUAUGGAGGAAAUAACGGACACUGCUUUAAAAAAGUAAUGCAUAUGAAAAGCUUAGGCCGGCCAUUUGGUCAGCAGUAGCAUUCAUCACAGCCAGGUAUGUUCUCGAGCACAAAUUUGGGUUAAUGAGUUUGAAGGUUUAUUCUUUACAAGGUGACUGAUGUAUACUGCUGUUUUUUCCACAUUAAAAUGAUACUCUAAAA